UACUUUUUCUCAAACAGAACAGAACAGGGUUUAUUUUCUUUUCUGUAUCUUCAUUGUGAUCUCUGUGUUUCCAAGUUCCGUGUUCCAUUCCACCACUUAUUAUGGUGGAUUCACCCAUACCUGUUUAAAAAAACAAUCUUGUUACAUUAAUGAAAGAAGAAACUAUAAUCUACAAUGACAGAGUAGAAUUAACAAUGGCUUCUUCAAACAACGAGGUACGAGGAGGUUCACAAAGGUUGCAAACUCUACUUCAUCACUUUCAACCAUCUUCCAAUUCCAUCUCCAUCACCAAUCCACUCGAACAAGUUUCAAAUUCCAAACCCAACAAGAAAGCUGCGGUUUUGAUUUGUUUAUUCGAAGGCCAAGAUGGGAAUUUGCGAGUAAUUUUGACUCAGCGUGCUUCUUCUCUCUCAACACAUGCGGGUGAGGUUGCUUUGCCAGGUGGCAAAAGAGAUGAAAGUGAUGCUGAUGAUGUUCAAACUGCUUUGAGAGAAGCUAAAGAAGAGAUUGGAUUAGACCCUUCUCUUGUUACCGUCAUCACUCUUCUUGAACCCUUUCAUUCUAAGUACGGCAUCACAAUAAUACCAGUGGUUGGAAUACUGUCAAACAAGGAUGCAUUUUCACCGGUUUUAGAUUCAGCUGAAGUUGAAGCUGUAUUUGAUGUUCCCUUGGAGAUGUUCCUCAAGAAUGAUAAUAGAAGAGCUGAGCAAAGAGAAUGGAUGGGAGAGAAACAUCUUAUACAUUAUUUUGAUUAUGAAGUAGAGAACAAAAAGUACGUGAUAUGGGCUAUAACGGCUGCAAUUUUAAUUAGGGCUGCUACUCUUAUACUUCAGCGGCCGCCAGCUUUUCUAGAGCAGAGGCCUAAAAUAUGGGGAGGAAUUACUGAAAAUGACUCGAUAUUACUACAGAGGAAUAAUUCGCAAUUGUGAUUUUAUUUAUAUCUCUUUAAGUUUGCAUAUAAUCUUCCACAUGAAGCUGUACUGUAUUUUUUUUGUCAAUUAAAUUUAGCUAAAUAAAAUGCAUUUUAUAAAGCUGAUUA